CCGUUUUUUGAUGAAAAAUGUGUUCCUCAGGUUUACGUCAUGGCGUGCCGAGAACGUUGGAUGAGACCUUGUCGACUAGUGUUUACUGUCGUUCGCAGAUACACUUGUCGAGACAAUUGGCUUACCUGCAUCCCGAACUAACGAUGCCCAUCUUCAGUGAGAUAACGUAUCGGUUCAAGAGUGCCCGUCCACCGGUUCGUCAAUUAUUGUUGUCUUAUUUGCUGCCCUGGCUGAGCAACAUGGAGCUGAUUGACAGACACGUUCCUCCUGCCAAUCCCUUGGACGACAUUCAGUAUAAUUCGGACAACUCCCCGGCGAGAAUGGGCACUUGCAGAGAUGGAAUGGGAUCCGUGGAGGCGACAGAGAUGGUUUUGAACAAUUUGUUCUACAUUACUGCUGAGUCGAAAAGAGUGGUGUUGUAUAUGGGUCGUUCGAGGCCGUCGCAUCUCGUGGACGAAUUGAUGGCCGAGCUGCAGACUGUGGAGGCCCUAAAUUUCCUCAUCGAACGAAUGGAACGGCCGCCGUUUUUCCGGCUCACUUGCGUCCGCAAGGGCUCGACGCAUUCUGAAAACGGCGCCGGUGUGAUGGACGAAUCUGUGUCGACAGUUGCGACACUGCUGGCCCCGCCAUCGUCAGCCAACGUCACUAGUGAAUUGCCGCCGACGUCCAGCGGCACGUCUGCCAGCCCCUCGGCAGGUACCGUCAGAGAACGGUCUGCGUCGGGCGCGACAAACAAGAAGCUUUCCGAAGACAGCGGUCGGCUUCAAGAAAAAUACUUCGACGCUGCGGUGAUCGUUAUAAUGCCCUUGCCUCACCAGUUGAAGCAUUACUCUUCUUCCAAGGUCGAAGGAACAAUUUCUUCGCGGAAACCGAAUUCGGGUCAAGUU